UUUGAACUGAACUAACUUUACAGGAUGACAGAGUACCAUUAUCCAACUUUUGAGCAUUUAUAUCCUAGCGGGGUACAACGAUAUGAUGUACGAGCCCGACUGAUUCGCAAUUAUGAUAUUUUCAACUACAACCAUAAAGGAAAAACCAAGCAAACAUGGAAAAUGCUUUUUGUCGAUGUUGAGGGUGAGGGCAUACAGUGCAAUAUUUUCGGCCCCGCGAUUGAAAAGUUUGUAGGACGGUUUCAAGAGGGAUUCAUUUAUAUACUCCUUGCUGUACAAGUGAUAUUUGCUGAAGGGAAAAACAAAAUUGUCCCCAAUUGGAAACAGAUGAUCAUUAAAGAAGAAACAAAUGUGAUACGUGAAGAGGAGGAUGACAUUUCCAUACCUUCAUUCCACUAUAAUUUGGUUCAGUUGAACCGAUUAAGUUGUCACAUCGACUGUACCAAUAGAGUUUAUGAUGCAAUGGGAUUGGUCCUAUACGUUUCACCAGUUGAGAAUAUUGGUGUGGAUUCAGUCAAGCGAGACGUAGCAAUAAUGGAUACAACCUGGACUGUUAUUAAAUUAACACUUUGGAAUGAUUUUGUGCACGUUCUUGAUGAAAAUCUUAAUCAUGUUGACAUUUGUCCAAUCAUUGUAGCAUGUGGUCUGCAUGUCAAGAGCUUCUAUGGUACAUAUCUUUCCACGGGAUACCACACUAGGGUUUAUGUUAACCCGGUUAAUGAAAAAACAACAUCCUUAUCUACAUGGUAUAAAUCGGAAAAACUGGCAAAUAUAAGGAGAGAUUGGUUUCGUUCGUCGACUUUUUCGUUAAAGUCUUCGAUUGACAUUUCUAACACUCCCCGUAUCCGAUUAUCUCAAUUCUCUAGCGUGAGAAAGGUUCAAUACUGUCGAGUUGCUGCAUAUGCAUGUCGCGUUGAUAGUGUUGAUAACAUCAUAUAUGAGGCAUGCAAUCGUUGUCUUAAAAAGGUUGUCAUUUUUCAAGGACUACAAAAAUGUCAAUCCUGCAAUCUCACCAACACUGUAACUAUCCCAAGGUUGCUUCUUCGACUUACCAUAUUUGAUAAAAGUGGUAAUUUGAAAGUCACAAUAUUACACGAUCUUGCACAACACCUCUUAGGUUGUUUAGCUACUGAAAUAAAAUCAGUACUUCAACAGCCUAAUGGACGUAAUCGAGUGAUGGAAAAAGUAUUUGCAUGCUUCGGAAACAAAGCUUUUUCAUGGGUGCUACAUCCACCAAUUGAAGCUUUUAAUCCUGAACAUUCGUAUACGGUUGGAUAUGUGUUGCAUAUCGAUUGGGCGGAGGAGUGCAUGUGGUUAAACAAAUAUAUUGCGAGCAAAAAAAGAAAGUGAUAAUUACUAUUUUGUAUGUACUUCAAUUUUGGUUUUCCAAUGGGAUAUGUUAGUUGUAUCAAAAUAAUGUUACAUUUUUUUAAUAGCUUUAAAUUCGUCAUGUAAGGCUACGAGUAUUGUAUGACCUCAAUGUCGCAAAAUAUGGACUUUGCGAAUGAUGUGCAUGAAAUAAUAGGCACAAUAAA